AUGAUUAUCCGAAAUGCAACUCCGGAAGAUUUAAUUAAUAUGCAACAUUGUAAUUUACUAUGUUUGCCAGAAAAUUAUCAACUUAAGUAUUAUUUUUAUCAUGGGUUAUCAUGGCCACAAUUAUCUUAUGUGGCAGAAGAUGAUAGUGGAAAAAUUGUUGGUUAUGUUUUAGCUAAAAUGGAAGAUGAUGGUGGUGAAGAUACUAUUCCUCAUGGUCAUAUAACUUCAUUGGCUGUUCGUCGAACACAUCGUCGUCUUGGUUUAGCUCAAAAACUCAUGGAACAAGCAAGUCGAGCCAUGGUUGAAAAUUUCAAUGCAAAAUACGUUUCAUUACAUGUACGUGUUAGUAAUCGAGCUGCUUUACACCUUUAUCAAAAUGCGCUCGGUUUCGCAAUACAUGAUCGUGAUCCACGUUAUUACGCUGAUGGUGAAGAUGCAUUUUCCAUGCGACGUGAACUUACCUUGGCUACGAAAGCAUAA